ACUGGUGGUCUCCACAGUUCCUGAGAGAGAGUGGGGAAGUGGGCGUCACUGGACGGGGUUGCCAUGGUCGGGGUGGGAUCACUCUGGAUUCUCCUGUAUUAUGAGAGAUGCUGCAGCAUCCUUCGUUGGGGAGAGGGAGGUCUGCCGUUUCCCCCGGAUUCGCCUUGCUCUGCUGCUCCCCACGAUCUGCCGGGUCUUCUCCCUCCUCUGCACAAGGUGUCUGUGUUCUGGCUGGGGAGGAGGCUGGGGUGAUGUCACCAGACAUCCUGCCCUCCCCAGCUCUGCGAAUCGGAUUGAUGCGUGCCGAAUCGGUCUUGUGAACGAUACAACCGGGUCUCCUCGCAUCGUGAAAACCGGCACGAAGGGUGUGGCUAAGGGUGAGAUUUAUUUCGAAGACCUGAGGUCUCCGUACAACCAGCCAUACCAGCAGAGCAGUUCCAGAGGAGAAGGCAGGAAAAAGCAAGAUGCGAAGGAUCCCCUGUCUUCGGUAGACCUGAGCAACCGUUGCCGAGGACUGUGGAGUGAGUGUGUGUUCGAUAAUGUAGCCAAUCUCUGGACGUGCGACAUUCCAAUUUCGUAUCUCAGUGAACACCCUGCUGUCCUAGUGACCACGCGGAUCUUGUUGAUUCUCUCCAGUUUUCUCACUCUUGCAGCCGUGGCUCCCUUCAUUGCAGGAAUGAAAUGCAUCAAACUUUUCCGUGACGGAGUCCCCCAGAAAUACAAGUUUUCCCUCGUGGCUGGGAUCCUGUUCCUCCUGGGAGGACUCUCUGGAGCCAUUGCUGUUCUCUGGUACGGCAUCGACACUGUGCAGAAAUAUAAGCUGGAAGUCAGCUUGGGCAUCCCUGGCGUGACUUAUGAACUUGGCUAUUCCUACUGGAUGGCGGUAGCGGGCAUGGCGUGUGCCUCUUCCACGGGAGUCCUGUUAAUUGCUGCCAACUCUCUCAAUGCCCAGAUGCCAAGAAAGGCACUGAAACCUUUCCGGAGCCCUCCUGAUUCCAAAAGGCAGGGCACGUACCUGUGAAGGUGUAAUCCAGGGCUUUGUUCACUGCUGGCAGCGAGAGAUGAAGAAGUGUCACUCAAGAUACUGA